UACAGUUUGAAAAAUCUGACUCAAAUUGUACCAUAUCAUUCAUUGAAAUGACCAUUGGACAACAUUACAAAUCUUACCGAUUGCACCUUUUAAUCAAUGAUUUGAUACUGAUUACGUUUUUAUUAGAAGACUAUUGGAGAUUUUAGCACAGAUUCUUUUCCCUCAAUUUGAUAGCCUAUUUUCGACAAUCCCAAUGCAUAUGUGACCAUGUAAAUAUACGUAGAACAAAAUGGGGUUUAGUUGAAGGUAACGUUAACUGGUAACGUGAUCAAAUAUUUUGUUUGUCCAAAGAGCAAACAGACCCAGUUAUAACUUGGCCUACACUUCUGUCCACAGGACGUCGCUAGCAUACACUAAAGUAUCCCUCAUGGCUCGGCCUGGCUGGUACUGAAAAUCUCCACUUCAGGCGCGAUGAGCAAAGUUGGGCCAGACAUGACCAAAUAAUAGCCAAGCAUGCACUGUAUUUUCAAUUGCUGGUGAAUACUGUCAACAAUAUUGACCACAUGAUUAUAGGAAUAAAUAUUGGCUAACAUAAAUCGGUCAGUGCACCAGUGGCAAAGGAACGCUUGAGGGGGUAUGACUAACUAAACUGGUAUGUGGACGGCGCAAGGGCGCGUUGGUAUCCUAUUUGCCCCAUCAGCGAAAUAGAGCCUGAGAUAAAAUAAAUAAAUAAAUAAAGGAAAGCAGGGCGAGAGAGAUAAGCGAGCGAAAGCAUGUGCUGCGUCGACUUCUCCCUCUCUCCCCUCCUUUCUACCCGCCUCCAGGCACCGGAGUUUCCUGCCCCCCCCCCCCCCCCUCAAUCUUGCAGCGCCGUUGAACAAAAGAGGGGAGAGAGAGGCGAGGUAGCAACAUAGCAAGCACAAGAGCGCAGUUUGACAUCCCACGGCGUGGUCUGUAGCCUAAUUUUACCGUUACCGUUUACCAUAGCUUGUAUCAAAAGAAAAAGACAAUUCGGCGAAUUCUGUGUGGAGAUUUUAAUCGUAGCUUACUGAACUUGUGUUCUCUUUUCUCGUACGUUGCAUUUUCUGUAAUAUUUGGAAUUGUGAUCAAGAAAAGCAAAAUGUUAAGGAUAAUGUUUCAUGUCACUCAAUAAGAUCAGUUGAAGAAGAUCAAAAGUCCAAUCAAGACCAAUCAUCAAACAGGCCCAAACUACCAGUGAAAACAACAUCGUCCGCAUUCUGCCAUGGCUUCCAACACCAAUGCUGCCCCUAGUGGAGUGGAGGGAGAACAGCAGCCGGAACAGACUAUCACAUCCCAGCCAACCAGCGCUGAGCACCAAGAGACAGCCCCUGACUUCAGCCAAUCGGAAUGCAAAGACCACUUGGCAGUAAUCAGCGAGAAGAUGGAGACCAGUAAUGGAAUGUGUGCUGCCGACUCCUCGCCCACAUCUUCCAUCUCGUCCCCCAAGCGACUGCAACACGCAAAACCAACCAACGGCCGGGCGCGGAAAGGAAGCCGCUCUGGGUCCCUGCUGGGUCAUGGGGCAGGGUCUCCCAGGCCUUCCAUCAGCCGUCAGCCCAGCACUGUGACAGAGGAGGACAACGGCAAGCCCCCUAGGGACUACCUGAUCCUGGCCAUCCUGUCCUGCUUCUGCCCCUUGUGGCCCAUCAACAUCGUGGCUCUCGUCUUCUCUGUUAUGUCGAGGAACAGCCUGCAGCUGGGGAACGUUGACGGGGCGCGGCGUCUGGGCCGGAACGCAAUGGUGCUGUCCAUCGUCUCGCUAGUUGGCGGGGUCAUCAUCAUCAUCGCAGCCAUCGUCUUAAACUGGGGAAGUAUAAUAAAAUCCUGAGGGUCACCAUGGAAACCAGGAGCAAGAUCACAAGACAGCACACAAACAACCAUCCCAACCAGACUUUUCCCCUUUCCUACGAUCAAAACACUAUUCUACAAAAGCACCUGCAACCUACAGUAUAGUCCCUCGUCCCUUUUUUUUGCUGCACGAGCAUGUAUGGCCUGUAAUAUGUUCUCUGAAACGGAUAGACAAGUCCCUCAUCUCUAGCUCCUACACCACGGACCCCAACGCUGCCACCAGUGGUGUAGUGCACGGUAAACGUAUGUAAACGCCGGAUACACACGUUUUUCAUUUUGCUCGAGUGUUUUACCCACCUUUUGCAGACAAAUGCAUUAUUGACCGCGAACAGUGAUCUGGAGUUACCCACCUAUUUUUGUUGACCACUCGUCACUGGCUGCCGCCAUCACUCAGAAAGUCGAAGUCGUCAUGUUGAACAACACUGAGGUAGGGAUAGACAGUGACAACCAGACUGGUUCCUCUGAAUAAGAGAGACACGUCUAACUCUGGUCAACGAUGCCAUGAUCCCCUGCAAUGGUUGCAUGAGUCUCUCAGACUGUAUUCAAAGUCUCUGCAUAGUUUUCUGCUCCUCCCGAGUUGCUCUUCCCAGGCUGCUCCUCCCAGGCUGCUUCUCCCAGGCUGCUCCUCCCAGGCUGCUCCUCCCGAGCUGCUCCUCCGAGGCUGUUCCUCCCAGGCUGCUCCUCCCAGGCUGCUUCUCCCAGGCUGUUCCUCCCAGGCUGCUCCUCCCAGGCUGCUUCUCCCAGGCUGCUCCUCCCAGGCUGCUCUUCCCAGGCUGCUCCUCCCAGGCUGCUCCUCCCGAGCUGCUCCUCCCAGGCUGCUCCUCCCAGGCUGCUCCUCCCAGGCUGCUCC